AUUUGGGGGAGGAUCGAAGAAAUGCUAAUUGGGGCUGGGAGGACCAGUCCAAAUUACCUAUCUCUUUUAAGUUGGAGAGCCCAGAGAUCUCAAAGGGAGGUGAUGAACAGGGACAAACACGAAAAGAAAGUUUCAGAUCAAAGCAGUGGAGCUCUGACCCUCCCUCCCUCUGCAGCUUGGCUCUGGGUAGGUUGGGGUGGGGGGUAGCUCCUUAUAAAUUCUGUUCUCCACUACCAGUUCCCUUUCAGCACCAAGGACAGACCUCACCUUCUGGCUUCCCACCAGGGCUGGGCCCAGCCAAUCCAAACAAGCUGAGGCAAGGAAGCUGGAAAAGCUUCUAUUUUCAUCAGAUUCGCUUCUCUUAGAUCAUCUUCUGGGUCUAUUGGAUAAAGUCUGAAGUGUCACAGUUCUAUGAAGACUGAAGUUUCCCAUUCUGAUUCUUCUCCCUUACCAUCCAGGAGUGGCAGUGAAGGACAGAAGGGCAGCAUGGAGAAGGAGUCUGGCAGCCCCUGUUCCCAUCCCCAGGCUGAAAAAUGGGAGGGAAAAGAAGGCAAAACAGAGAUGACUGUAUUGUUCUCCCUUGGGAAGACCAGUUUAUCAAGGAUUGCCCAAGUCUUUGAGUCUUUUGAAGCUAAAAUUCACCAUCUAGAAACCAGGCCUGCUCCCAAAGCCAAAAACACUUUGCAUCCUCUAGAGGUUUUUAUGAAAUUUGAAAUCCAUAACUCAGGCAUCAAUCUACUCAUCAAUUCCUUGAGGAAAGUGGUUGAGGAUGUGAAAAUUCAUUGGGAAGAAAAAGUCCCCUGGUUCCCAAAGAAGAUUCAAGAUAUUGACAAAUGCCAUCAUGUGAUAACAAAGUUUGAACCCAACUUCAACCAAGAUCACCCAGGCUACACUGAUCUGCAAUAUAGGAGACGGCGUGCUGACAUCAUGGAACUGGCUUUCAAGUACAGAGAUGGAGACCCAUUGCCAAAAGUUGAGUAUACACCCCAAGAAGUUUCUACCUGGAAAGAAAUCUACAGGAAACUCCAUACUCUCUAUCCCAGUUAUGCCUGCAAAGAAUUCUUGGAUGCUUUUCAGCACCUGGAAGAAUAUUGUGGCUAUGCCGAAGACCACAUACCUCAACUCCAGGACGUAUCCAGAUUUUUAAAAGGCAAAACUGGUUUUCAACUGAGGCCUGCUGCAGGACUCCUGUCUGCUCGUGACUUCCUUGCCAGCUUGGCCUUCCGUGUAUUCCAGAGUACCCAGUACAUCAGACAUUCCUCUUCCCCCAUGCAUUCUCCAGAACCAGAUUGCUGCCAUGAAUUGUUGGGUCACAUCCCAAUGCUAGCAGACAAAGAAUUUGCUCAGUUCUCACAGGAUAUUGGACUUGCUUCACUUGGAUCAUGCGAUGUUGACAUUGAAAAACUGGCUACACUCUAUUGGUUUACUGUGGAGUUUGGUCUCUGCAAGCAGAAUGGGACCAUCAAAGCUUAUGGAGCUGGCCUUCUUUCAUCCUAUGGGGAGCUGACACAUGCUUUAUCAAGCAAGCCAGAACACAAGCCAUUUGAUCCUGAAGUCGCUGCUGUUCAGCCCUAUCAAGACCAGACAUUCCAGCCCAUUUAUUUUGUGUCGGAGAGCCUGCAAGACAGCAAAGACAAAUUUCGAAAAUAUGCUCAGAAGAUCCAGAAACCCUUCUCAAUCCACUAUGAUCCUUUCACUUGUCGUGUAGAUGUUCUAAAUUCAGUCCAGAAAAUCAAGAUGGUGUACCACCAAGUGAAAGAAGACUUGGAACAUCUUUGUCAUGCCCUGGAGAAAGUAUCUUAAGUUUCCACUGUAUUCCCUACUCAAUCUAGCUCAGUACUACUUAUGUAUAGGUGGUUCUCUUGGGAUUUUCUCAAGGGCCAAGCCAAAUAGCUAAAAGAUAGUUAGAAAAAUCAUAAAAGUAUAUUUGGAUAAUUCCAUGUUCAAGGGUCAGAUUAUUUUCAAGGCAAAUGAUAUAUUAUGCUUAGUUGUAUACUUUCAUUCUUUAAGUUUCAUGUCAGAGGUAUUGAACUAAAAAAGAAAUUGGGGUCUUAGAAUCAGAAAGACUUGAGUUCAAAUCCAACCCCAUAUACUUACAAGCUAUAAGACCCCAGGUAAGGUGCAUAACUACUCUCUGAUUCAGUUUCAUUUGUAAAAUGUAAUGAUAACAGCACUUACCUUCCAGAGUUGUAAGGAUCAAAUGAGAUAAUGUUUGUAAGGUACUUAGCACAACACAUUACAUAGUAAAUCCUGUUUCCUUUCUUCCUUUUCUCAUUCUUUCCUUUCUUUUUCUAUCCUUUUUUCUUUCUCUCCUUCCUUCCUUCUUUCUUUCCUUUGUUUCUUCUUUCCACAGGUAACCCACUGUGUGGACAACAGAUGGCAUUUAAUGUCUACUCUUUUAGUUUUCAGGGUUUUAUUUAGAUUUGGAUUUUUAGACUUUGAUAUUUUAAAAUGCUCAUUUCACAUGUGCAAAAUUGGGGAUAUCUUGCUAGAGAACAGUUUGCCUAAAAAAGGUCUGAGAAUCUUGGCUGAUUAUAAGCUCAAAAUGAGUCAAAGAAUGAUAUGGUGACCCAAAUCUCAUGUGAUCUUGGGCUGAAUUAAGAAGGACAUGCCUUCUAAGAAUGAAGAAAUUCCAGUUCUCCCCUACUCUUCCCUAAACAGACCAUAUAUCAAGUGGUGUGUUAAGUGCCAGGCAACACAUUUGAGGAAGGAUGUUGGUAAAAUCAGAUGAGAUGGCCAGGGUAGGGAAGCAUCUGAAGGUCAUGCCAUACAUCUGGAAGAGAGAAUAAACUUUCUCUGCUUUUCCCUGGAGUGCAGAAUUAGGAAUAAUGAUUAGAAAAUGCAAAAAGGCAAGUUUUGACUCCAUGUAUAGAAAACUAACUCUUAAUUAGAGCUGUCCUAAAGUAGGCAGCCUUAAGAGGUGGUGAGUUCUCUAUCACUUGGAGGAACUCAAAAAGGACAAAAUGAUCAUUUGUUGAAUAUAUUGCAGAGAAGAUAGUUUCUUUUUGUGAGAAUCAAAUGAAAUAAUGUUUAUUACUUUGUAAAACUUGUUAUAAUACAAACAUCAGUUAUAAUAAUUUCCCCCAAACUAUUUUGCGUCACUUCUCAGAGUCCAGGACAAGGUAGGAGGAGGGAGGUGUUGAUGUCCCCUCCUUCCCCUCCUCUGUAUUUUUACAAGCCUAUUAUUUUUUUUAAAGCCUGAAGGUAGUUUCUAAGAAUAGGUUUGUUUAGGUUACUGAUGAGGUCCUUUGCAACUUCAAAAUUCUACAAUUCUGGAAACAAUGAUAGAAAGUAGUCAGGCAACUUCUGGGACAACCCAUCCUGCUUUUGAACAGCCUCAAUUAUUUGGAGGAUCCCCUGUUCUCAAGCCUCUAUAUGCCCCUCAUUACAUCUUCCACUCAGUUCCUUCUGGAGCAUCACCUUCUGAAGCAAAUCAGAACAAGUCUCAUCCUUCCUCUAUAUGUCAAACCUUUGAAUACUCGAAGGAAAGUUAACAUGUCCUCCAUGAGUCUUCUCUUCCUCAGGCUAAAUGACCAAUUCCUUUAACUGACCAUCAUAUGAGACCCUGCUUGCCUCUCUCUACCUCUUAGGGUAUGAUCCAACUUAUCAAUAUCCUCCUCAAGGUUGAAACUGUAUUGGCAGCUGGACUAAGCCAGGUGGAGGGUAGCUGAUGGGCUUUAAACCUUUUGGGGAUCUAGAAGAUGUCUACCCCAGGCAUGUGAAGGUUUCUCCCAGUGGAAUGGGCAGGUGAGGAUAGUUUGUUCCAAUGGCCAUGAAGGUGGUGAAAGCAACUCUUGUGGAGGGCUUAGAGCUUGGUGAGACAUUGAAGAUGUCAACGUCAUCCCCUGCAUCCUGGGCCAUUGCCAGUCAUCCUGAUUUUUAUCUUGCCACUGGAUUUCAAUGACUGGAAGAGAGAGUGAGACUGACAGUUUUGUGUAACUGCCUCCCUCAUAUCCAAUUCACAAGCAAGUCAAGACAACAUUCAUCAUGAUGUCAUUGGUCUUCUUUGAAAACAAAGAGUCAACAACAGUAAUCCAUCUAGAACUAUGAUGCUCAGAACUGAACACAAUACUCCAGAUGGGGUCUGAUCAGAGCUGAGUACAGAGGGAAUAUUACCUCCCAGUUCCUGGAAGUUAUGCCUCUCAACACAGCCCAAAAUCUCAUUAGCUGUUCUGGCUGAAGUAUCACAUUUCUGACUCAUAACGACCCCCUGACAAGUGGAUAUCCAACCUAUGUUUGAAGGCCUCCAACAGCGAGGAACUCACUACUUUCCUAAUCUGACAAUUUUCCUUUGUAAAUCUCUAUCUCCCAUGAUGGGAAUGCUUUCUCUUCCCACCUCUGACUCUUAAAACCCCUAAUUUCCUGCUAGGAUCAGCACAAGCACCACCUCUUUCAUGAGGUCUUUCCUAGGCCCUGGGGCUGUUGGUGCCAGCCUCCCUGAAGCUACCUUCCUUCUAGUUUUAUUUUUAUCUUGUAACUACACACACACACACACACACACACACACACAGAGUUUUAUCCAUUAGAUUACAAGCUUUUGCAGGAUGAGAAUAUUCUUGCUUUUUCCCUGUAUCCCCAGGGUUUAGCACAUUGCUUGACAUGCAGCAAGGACUUAAUAAUUGUUCAUUUUAAUCAUCAGAAGUUUUUUCAUUAUAUAAGUACCUUAAAUCUCUACCCCUUCCAUCCCUCACUCCUAGUUUUGCCUUCUGGGACCAAAUAAAACAACUCAAAUCCUUUUUCUACAUCACUCUAAAAAAAAAAAAACUCUUUAAUCAAGAAUGUCCCUUUCCCAAUGCAGAUCAGCCACUUUGGUAUAUCUAGUCUUAGAAAGUUGCUAACAGCAUACUAAUUUGUUACUUGCCCAAGGCCACUAAGCCAGUAUGCAGCAGAGACAGCUCUGAAGACCAUUGUUAUGCCAUAGCAUCUCUCCUAGGUCCUUGGGAUAGAUAGACAAAGCACAACAAAAAAAAUUCCUUGCCUCUGGAAUUUAUAUUCCCCCCUCUCCCUCCUCUCUCUCUCCCUCUGCCUCUUCCUCCAUCUCUGUCUUCCUCUGUCUCUGUCUCUCUCUGACUGUCUCUGUCUGUCUCUCUGUCUCUGUCUCUGUCUCUUUCUCUCUUGCCUUCUGACUUGACCUAAGAUUUCACUGGUAUAAGAAAAAAUCUCUCUGCCAAUGCAGGUUGGCACCCUCUCUGAAAUUUAUAGUCUUACAGAGUUAUUUAGAGAACUAAUUGGUUAACUGACUUGCCCAGGGUAGCAUAGAUAGUAUGUUUCCAAGGAGGAACCUCCCUUUCUACAGUUUAUUAUUUUAGAUAAUAUGUAGGGUUUCUCCUAACCCUAGUUCUCUGCUACUUAAAAUAAUACUUGUACCUGAAUUUCAUUUUCUGUCAAUUAUUAGUUCUGUGAACUUAGACUAAGUUCCAUACUCUUCUAGGUCUCCAUUUCCUCAUCUGUAUAAUGGGGACAACUAUAAUAAACUUAUCUUUCUAUAGUGUUUUCAGGUUUACAAAAACACUUACCCCACAAUAACUAUCUGACAAGUGAAACCCUUUGGCUCUCUCUAACCUUUAUAGAACCAGGGUUUAAUCUGUUAAAAACACUGAGAAUGAACUGGAGGAGGUUACUCAUGGUAUUUGGGUAAACUAUCAGAUGGCUUAGCUGACUUCUCUGGCUUUCUUUAAGUCCCAAAUAAAUCACCUCCUACAGGAAGCUUUUUCUUACCUCUCAACUCAAAUAGAACCUUCCUUCUUUUAAUUAUUUUUUAUUUAUCCCGCAUAUAGCUUGUGCAUAUUUGUUUGUUGUCUUUUCUGUUAGAUUAUAAGCUCCUUGAGGGGUUGGGAAUGUCUUUUGCUUUUCUUUGUAUCUCCAGAACUUAGUACAAUGUCUGACACAUAGUAGGUGCUAAAUAAACGUUUAUUCACUGAGCAUGUGAGGAUGGAUAGGUUGCUAUGUUCCAACAGAACACUAGAGGACAGUCUAAGCUUGAGCACCAACAACUGACUACUGGAACCCAUGUUAAAAAGCUGGAUUUUGCCUGCUUGUUCUCUUCUCAUGUUUUCCAGGGUUUUCUGUGUAGGGAUGCAAAUCCCUGUAAUAAUUCAUAAAUAUCUCAUGGCUCAUACCUACUCUACAAAUCUCUAAUUUCUAGUGACCAGAAAACAUUAUUUGUUCAGAAGUAUAUUAAAUGAACUCUUUAUGACAGUGAAAAUAAAAUGAAACCUGUUAGCUUUAGAAGAAAUUUCUGACCAAUGGACACUUCAACAAUUCUAGCAAAAUGCAAAGUCUCAAUUGCUCCCACCAAGUCUUUUCUGAAUAGUAGCUUUUUGCCAAUCUCCUAUCCCUUACGCAACCAUGUUGAUAGAAGGUUGUUGGUACUCCUCUGCCCCUACCCCAUAAAGGCAUUUUGGCCUCCUAGUAAAGGAUCUGGAAGAAUUUUUUUUUAAUUGGCUCACUAUAUUUGCCUACUAUGCAACUGCUUUAGUAAUGACCAACAACCAAGAACUUUAUGGGCUUUUCAUUAUCCUUUUAGCUUCGACUAGCCUUCUUGCUUCUGGCAUUAGCCUGGAGUUCUUAUAAAGACUCAGAGAAGGGAAUUCAUUAGUCAAAUAUGCUAGGGAACAUUCCCAAAUUCUUACCCCUCAGAAAACAAGAGACUAAUUCCAGAGAGAGAAAAGGAAGGAAGGAAGGAAACAAGGGAGGAAACAAAAAAAGAAGGAAAGUGGGAUGAGGGAAGAAGGAAGGAAGGAAAGAAGGAA